AUGAGCAGGGCGUGCAGCAGCUACUCCGCGGCGGACGGCGUGCUGGUCGACGGCUUCUCGUGCCCCAGACCGGGCAACGCAAUUGCCGCUCUCUUCUGUUGCGGAUUUAAUGAUGUCAAGUAUUGCUGUGAUGAUCCCAACAGUUUUUUCCCCUAUGAGUACGGGUACAUGUGGUGGCUGAGUAUCGGCGCUCUGGUUGGUCUAUCCAUUGCAGCAGUUGUCCUUCUUGCUUUCCUUAUCACCGUAUGCGUCCUCUGCUACCUCUUUAUUGCCACCAAACCCAGUCAUCUUGACAACGGCCUACCCCUCAGAGCCUUGCGAGGAGAUCCCAGGGAGGGUUCCCGUCCUGGGAGAGCGACCUGUGUCUCCGGUCCGCAGGGAUUCAGAAAACACUUCAUGAGCAGGAAGUUGGACUGUGAUAACCAGUCCCCGGACCCCGAGAUCCUGUUCCAGCGGUGUUUCACCGCUUCCGCCAUCGGCAUGAACGUGGAAAAUCCUUCAUAG